AUGACCGCCAUCCUACGUGGCCUCGCCUGGCUGCGCGAUUCAAUUGUCAACCAAGCUGAGCGACUCUUCCUCAGAGUCCUCGCAGCGGGCCCGGUGCCCAGACAUGUCGCUUUCGUUAUGGAUGGAAACCGCAGAUACGCUAGAAGGCAGCAGAAGCAGGUACAAGAGGGGCAUGUGGACGGAUAUGUUGCUUUACGGCGGAUGUUGGAGGUUUGUCUGCGUUUGAAUGUCCAGUGUGUCAGCGCGUACGCGUUUUCAAUUGAGAACUUCAAACGCUCCGAAGAUGAAGUGGAGGCGUUGAUGAAGCUAGCGGAAGAAAAGCUGCUGGAGCUUUGUGAACAUGGGGACAUUCUUGAUGAAUACGGUGUCAGACUCAAUGUUUUGGGUAGAACGAGUCUCCUGCCAGAGAAAGUCCAACUCGCAGUUCAAAAGGCGGAAUCUAUGACUCGACACAAUACACGCGCUAUCCUCAAUCUCUGCAUGCCGUAUACAUCGCGCGACGAAAUAACAACCGCCGUUGAAUCAUGUGUCCGAAACGCUGACCCCUCAAACCCGCAAAUCACCGAAAAGGACAUCGACGCUCAACUAAUGACAUCAUUAGGCUGCAGUCCCCCACUCGACAUCCUCGUCCGAACGAGCGGGGUCAAACGGCUGAGUGAUUUCUUAUUGUGGCAGUGUUGUGAAGAUACUCAAAUCCAGAUCUCUUCAACUUUCUGGCCGGACUUUGGCCUCUUUGAUUUUGUACCUAUAAUUCUCGACUUCCAGCGAAAAGCGUGGGGAAGGCGGAUAUCUCUGUAGCUUGUUGUUGAAAUGAGGUGGUUUGCUUGCUUUUCUGAGUGAAAAUGCUGCUCUUUGUGGAAGUGCUGUGCAAGCGAGAAUGGCGGUACGACUAUAUGGCGCCCAGAGACCAUUCACAACCAAUGCUGGAUCAGGUCCUAAGCUUCACCAAAUGUGUUUUGUACUCCCUUUACAUG